AUGGGUAAGGAAUAUAUUAUGUGUACAGAAGCUAAUCUCGAACUUCCGUGGAAGCUUUCUUGUACAAGAGAAUCUAAAGAUGUUGUUACAAAAAUCAAUUUUGCUGAUUAUGGUAAUCCUUCCGGUAAAUGUGAACACUAUAAACACGGAAAUUGCGGUGCAUCAACCACCAUGAAGGUUGUCAAAAAGAAUUGUCUUGGAAAACACAUGUGUGUGUUUAUGGUUACCGACGAGAUGUUUGGUACGAGUCACUGCAAAACGGAUGUGAAGUUCUUUGUUCAAUACACUUGUACAAAAGCAUAG